AUGGAGAAGCUGGACAUGAACACUUCACAGGAACAAGGUCUAUGUCAGUUCUCAGAGAAGUACAAGCAAGUCUACCUCUCCAUAACCUACAGCAUCAUAUUUAUCCUAGGGCUGCCCCUCAAUGGCACUGUCUUGUGGCUCUCUUGGUGCCAAACCAAGCGCUGGAGCUGUGCCACCAUCUAUCUGGUGAACCUGAUGGUGGCCGACCUGCUUUACGUGCUGACAUUGCCCUUCCUCAUCAUCACCUACUCACUAGAUGACAGGUGGCCCUUUGGAGAUCUGCUGUGCAAGCUGGUGCGCUUCCUGUUCUACACCAACCUUUACGGCAGCAUCCUGUUGCUGACCUGCAUCUCUGUGCACCGCUUCCUAGGUGUGUGCCACCCGCUGCGUUCCCUGCCCUACCGGACCCGCAGGCAUGCCUGGCUGGGCACCGGUGCCACCUGGGCCCUGGUGGUCCUCCAGCUGCUGCCCACACUGGCCUUCUCCCACACCGAUUACAUCAAUGGCCAGAUGAUCUGCUAUGACACAACCAACCCAGAGAAUUUUGAUCGGUUUUUUGCCUACAGCAUAGCUCUGACGUUGUCUGGCUUUGUCUUUCCCUCCUUGGUCAUUUUGGUGUGCUAUUCACUGAUGGUCAGGAGCUUGACCAAGCCAGAGGAGAACCUCAUGAGGACAGGCAGCACAGCCCGAGCCAAGUCCAUCCGGACCAUCCUACUGGUGUGCGGCCUCUUCGCCCUCUGUUUUGUGCCCUUCCACAUCACUCGCUCCUUCUACCUCAUCAUCCGCUUUCUGCUUUCUCAGGACUGUGAGCUCUUGAUGGCAGCCAGUGUGGCCUACAAGAUAUGGAGACCUCUGGUGAGUGUGAGCAGCUGCCUCAACCCAGUCCUGUACUUUCUUUUGGGGGACAACAAUAGAGUCAGGCUCCUCCAGAAACUGAGGCAGAACAAGGUGGGCAAGCAUCCAGCUGGGAGGAAGCAAGAGAUGCCCAGGGAUGCAAGGAUCUGGGUCCUGCUGAGGUGA